GACCUCCUUCCAAGGUUCCGAAUCCUCAUCGAUAUCCACAGCCGGAUCGCAGGAGGAAUCUCUCCCCUUCGACGUGAACGACGCCGGUGAGAUGCUCCUGUUCGACAUGCUCAUCGAGUCCGCCAUGACCACGAAGACGUCGACGGGCAAAGAGGCGGAGUCGAAGGGCCCGACGGCGAGCGGGAAGAGCUACCGAGGGGUGCGGAGGCGGCCGUGGGGCAAGUUCGCGGCUGAGAUCAGGGACUCGACGCGGCAGGGGGUGCGGGUGUGGCUGGGCACGUUCGACAGCGCGGAGGCCGCCGCCCUGGCCUACGACCAGGCGGCGCUGUCGAUGAGGGGGGCGACGGCGGUGCUCAACUUUCCGGCGGAGCGCGUGCGGGAGUCGCUGCGGGGGCUGGAGCUGGCGAAGGACGGGUGCUCCCCGGUGGUGGCGCUGAAGAAGAAGCACUGCAUGAGGAGGAGGAGGAAGAGAAAGGUGAGGGAGUCGAGUGGGGAGGAGGGCGUAGUGGAAUUAGAGGACUUGGGAGUGGAGUUCUUGGAGGACCUCUUGGGGCUUUCAGGGCUUGCGAGUCAGUGAUGACAAGCUCAUAGUUUUGCCCAACCUAAUGAUAUUUUAAAUAUAUUAAUAUGGAUAUUAAGUUGACUGUCAAUUAGAUUUACUGUAAUGGACACAUGUGCAAGUUUUUGUAUAGUUUUGUUAAGAU